AGCUCAACUAACUGUCCGCCCUACCCUGCCUGAGUUUGCAGUUGAGUGCGCCAGAGCAGCACGGUUGCAUUAUAUAACUUUAAUGUACUCACGGGUUUUAAGGGCGCAAGAAGUGAAUGUUCUGCGCUGUAGAUCUGUCGAUUGGUUGCGGAUUUUAUCCCGAUAUCGUUACAGCAAGUGACGGAUCGAUCAAUUUCCCCCCUACCGGCGACGAGCGUAAAAAGUUAAUAUCGAUAGAUCGGCGAAACGGUGGUGGAUCCUGCCAGCUCCAGCGAGGUCAGCGACGUUGUUGACUUUAGUUACAAAAUAGUUGAUAUUGCGGAGGAUGUUUUCGUGCCAUACGGGGAGAGAAACACCGACAAACCCGGCUGACAUUUCACCACUCAACGUUACAGCACGGAAGGCUUUUUAUAUGAGAGCUUGACUGUGUGGACGUAGCGUAAUUUCAUUUUUUCCAACUCGGUGUGACGGGAGAUGACCUAACUGGUGCAGCACAUCUAACUUACAGGAUAAAAAAAAUGGAUCAGGGUGGACUGAAGCGCAACGGUAAUCGAGACGACAGCCUGACAUUUGGGGAGACAACAGCCGGAAUAUGCAGAGAUACAGGUGACAUAGCUGGUUCACUGCUCCAGUCUGCAAUGCACCUGCCCAACCCUGUGUCUCUGCCCACAGUUACCCCAAAUGGACGGGGUGGAACGAAAGACCAGGCGCAGCUUGGAGGUCUCUUUGAGGCCCCUCGGCAUCAUGUUCUGUCUGAAGGGUCAGACAUGAAGGAGGGUAAACUCAUCAGAAUGCAGAAACCAUCACAACAACAUCAGGAUAUUGGUGUAAUCAACAUUGAGGGGAACUUGCCAUUGUUGAACCAGAAAAUUUCUGAUUUAGACCGGACGUCCACCUCUGUUAUCAACACAUCUGACACCUCCAUCCUGGGCAACCUCCCUCUGCCCGACCUUUUUCCCCAGCACAUCAAGCAGGAGGGGAAUUUUCCUCUGGAUAAGGACUUAGGAACUUACAGCGGACAUGCAGGUGCUGGUCCGUGUGAUUUGGAUAGUAGUCAUCUAAUGGACGACAGCGAGAUUUGGCAAGACCUGGACCUUCCUAACUCGCUGCCAGAAAUCAGUGAUUUUGAGUUGGAUUCAGAAGUGGCACACUUGGAUAACAUCCUGCAUGACAGCAGCAGUGUUGGCGGUCCUGUCAGCAGCUUGCUAAAAGAGACUAAGUCUCUCCUGGGUAACAAAGGAAACUGUACCAAUGUGAACGGUACAGACAAGCAGCACCCCGUACACCAUCAUCAUCACCAGCAGCAGCAGCAGCAGCAGCAGCAGCAGCAGCAGCAGCAGCAGCAGCAGCAGCAGCAGCAGCAGCAGCAGCAGCAGCAGCAGCAGCAGCAUCUCCUCCUACAGCACCAGCAACAGCAGCUUCACCCUCAACAUCAGCAGCCCCCAUCACUUCUCUCCAGCGUUAUGAUCAAGGAGGAGAAGGAUCCCGACACUUUCAUUCACAUCUGCACCCCUGGUGUGCUCAAACAGGAGAAGCAAGACAGUACUUCUUUCUGCCAGUCACAGUGUCUCCAGAGCAGCAUGAGCUCUCUUCACGGGGGAGGCCCCAUGUCCUCGCCUGUGGCCGUUGGCGCAGGAGCUGGCUACCACUACAGAGCCAACCCGUCCUCCACAGUGGGCCUACAAGACCAGAAGCCUUUUGGCAUGUACUCAAACCUGACCCCGGUGGGGGAUAGCUGGGUCAGGGGGAACAGGUAUGGAGAGGCUUCUGGGAUACAAAGGGGCGAUGAUGGGCUCCCCUCUGCCACAGCCCUGUCAAGUUUUGCUGUCAACUUCUCCAGCUCGUCACCUAGAACAGGAGAGACCAGUAGUUCUGUGGUACCGAGCCAAUCCAAGCCCGGUGGGCAGACCCAUAAAAUCUGUUUGGUGUGCUCAGACGAGGCCUCGGGAUGCCACUACGGGGUCGUAACCUGCGGCAGCUGCAAGGUGUUCUUCAAGAGGGCCGUCGAAGGAUGGAGAGCACGACAAAACACAGAUGGGCAGCACAACUACCUGUGUGCAGGGAGAAAUGACUGCAUCAUUGAUAAGAUCCGCAGGAAGAACUGUCCAGCCUGCCGCUUCAGGAAAUGUCUUCAAGCCGGAAUGAACUUGGAAGCAAGAAAAAACAAGAAGCUAAUCAAGAUGAAAGUGCAACGGCCCCCUGGAUCAUCCGAGCCCAUCAUCAACAUGCCUGUGCCAGUCAUCCCCAGGUGCAUGCCCCAACUUGUUCCCACCAUGCUGUCUGUACUCAAGGCCAUUGAGCCUGAGAUCAUCUACUCAGGCUAUGACAGCACACUGCCUGACACCUCUUCGCGGCUCAUGACCACUCUCAACAGGCUGGGGGGACAGCAGGUCAUCUCUGCAGUCAAGUGGGCCAAGUCUUUGCCAGGCUUCCGUAACCUGCACCUCGAUGACCAGAUGACGUUGCUACAGUGCUCCUGGCUCUUCCUCAUGUCCUUCAGUCUGGGUUGGAGGUCAUAUGAGCAGUGUAACGGUACCAUGCUCUGUUUCGCCCCUGAUCUCGUCAUCAACAAAGAGCGUAUGAAGCUGCCCUUCAUGAACGAACAGUGCGAGCAGAUGCUGAAGAUCUGUAAUGAGUUUGUCAGACUGGAGGUGUCCUAUGAGGAGUACCUGUGCAUGAAGGUCCUGUUACUGCUCAGCACAGUACCAAAAGACGGACUGAAGAGCCAGGGAGUGUUCGAUGAGAUCAGGAUGACGUACAUCAAGGAGCUGGGAAAAGCCAUCGUCAAGAGAGAAGAGAACGCCAGUCAAAACUGGCAGCGCUUCUACCAGCUGACUAAGCUACUGGACUCCAUGCAGGAGAUGGUCGAUGGUCUACUCCAGAUCUGUUUCUACACCUUUAUGAAUAAAACCCUCAGUGUGGAGUUCCCUGAGAUGCUGGCGGAGAUCAUCUCCAACCAGAUACCAAAACUGAAAGAUGGGAGCGUCCAGCCUCUGCUGUUUCAUCAGAAAUGACUGCCUUAAUCUGUGAAGCAAUGCCUUAAAUCCUGCCCUGCCCAUGUACCUCUCUGGGUCCCCAAGGCUCGUCCUGCCUCCCCCAUCACUCUGAUUUAAUUCCUCAGUUUUUCCGAGCCCCCUCUAGGAAAUCUGCCAUGCCCCUCCAGGCCUCUGCCAUUCAGCUGCAUCACGGAGCACAAUACAUGUGGCCCCACGCCUCCUAAUCCUGUCCCAGGUUCGGCCAAACUACAGUAGGACACCGUACCACCAACCUGUAGCUCGUCCUUUUGGCUAGCCAAGAAGAAUUUGGCUUCCAUUGGAAAUAUGUUGGCUCUGGAUGUCUCAUGGCAGCGUGCAUUUUAGGCAAUCUUUUUUUAUUUUAGCCCCCUCACCCGCUCCUCCGUCCACAGAUUUCUAAUGCUUUUUCUUUUUGGUGGCCGCCUGCCCAGUGUUUUACUGCUGUUUUCACUGACAAACCAACACCUCGAAACACUUUUUCCUCUCUCAACAUGACACUUAACAUGCUGUCUGAUUUGCCGAAAUAGAAGCAUGCUCGAAGUUCAGGACUACUGUUUCUCUGUUCACCUGCCCAGUUUGUCUCCAUUUGCCCUUAGCAGCUCCACUGUGCAGAGAAUCUAGUGAGUAUUCACUCGUCCUGGUUUCCAGAGGACUGCUGACAAAGGGGAUAAACAAAAACAUAGAAAAAUUAGAAUCAUCCUCAUGACAAGAGAGACGUUUUUAUUUUUUUUUAUUCUGGACCCGAAGACAUUAAGGACGAACUGUUUUCAUCUGUGAAUCAGUUAUCUUUACUGACAUGAUACAAAUCAGAUUUAUAUACCUGACCAAUGAAAGAAAAAAAAGUUAUAGUAGAGAAAUAUCCUGUUUAUUUUAAGCAGCCAUGCAUAUUUUACCACACAAGGAAAAGUCAUGAUAUUAAAAGUCACACUUACACACACAAACAUACAAUGUAUUCGCAGACACACAUCCACUCAGCUAAAUGUUUACACAGGAUGUAUCUGAGAAGGGAAAACCAGUGCCUUUUAGCUUUUAAAGCUCUUCAUAGCCAUCUUCUCCAAACUGUUGUGUUUUUUCUUUCUCUUUUUUUUGCGUCAGAAUCUAACUUUGACGUCCUUCCACAUAUUUUGUCUGUUUUAGUUUUUCCACGCUGGCAAUUUCUGUUUUCUUUCCAAGCCACCAUGUUGGUAUUUUUUAAUGUGGGCAGCUCUUCUGUCUGUUCUGAUCCCCAGACGUGAACGUAUGGAAGAUAGCCUAUGGUACAGAUCACAACAGUGUAGAGCAGAAUGAAAUAUUAAGAUCUUCAUUAUUAGGUCUUGAAAAGUUUAAGAAUCACUCAAAAAGUCAGGAACAUGCUGUUUAAGUCACUAAACACAUUUCAUAUAUUUAUAUUUGAAAAAUAUACAGCAUCUCCCUAUUAGUAUCACAUUGUAUUGAAAGUUACAGUGCCCAAACAAAUACAAACCAAACAAACACAAGUUUAACUGACUCCAUAUGAAUUCUCUGAACAUAAGUACCUUCACCAUGUAAAAAAAAAAAAAAAAAAAAAAAAACAUGAUUGAUGAAAAUAUCGGGUUUCUCUCAAAAUAUCAUUUUAUAUUAUAUAUACACUUUAAUCAGCUUCAUCUCAAAGCAUUUGAACAAACAGAACAAGAACUGGGAAUAAGAAAAGCCUAAUUAAAUCAUCAUAUAUAUGUGGGUUUUGUUCAUGAAGUGUGAAAAUAAACCCAUGAAUCUCAAAAGUACCUUGAGAUUAAACCUCUAUUCUGGGCACAUGAUUUUACCUCUAAAGUUGAAAUAUUUUUGGAAGAAUUGUGCAGUUUGGUCCAAAUAAUUUGUGAAUCAAAGCUCAGGCUAUGAGUGAAUACAUCACUUCGAUGUGUUCCACUAGUGCCAAAUGUCACAGCAAGUUAAUGUCCUUUUUUUUCUUCCUUGGAGAUGUGAAAGAGUAAUUAUUCUGUUGUGAUUCGACAUUAUGUGGUUGUUGUAACUUUGCUUCAGGGUGCUCAUUUAUGAGAAAGAUCUGAUUUCUGUGUCACACCUACACCAGCUUAAAAGUACUGAUUGUUAUCAUCCAAGUUAUAUAAGUGUAUGAUAGCCUUUAUUUUAGAGAUGCACAAAAUAUUGUAUUUUUGAAAUUGCAAAGGAGGCUGUAAUUUCUACCGCUGUCAAACAGGUGGAGUCAACAUUUGGUACAUUUGUAAUGUGAAAACAUGUCCGUACCAGCUUAUGUGAUGGCCAAAGCAAAACGCAUCAGCAGUGCAGUUUGUACAUUGGCUUCUGCUGGAAGUGCAAAGACAGUGCACCCACCCCAACACCCCCAACACCCUCCACCACCUCAAACGCAGUCCAUCUUUCAUCUGUGUUUCUUGUAACUGGCGUCUCUGCCUUAAAUGUCGACCGUAUAGAUUUUCAGCUGUUUACUCUGAAUGGUACUCCUCCCCUCCGCAGCGUAUAACUCUGAAUGGCAGUUAACAGACCAGGUAGCAGGUUGCCAUAGAGACCGGUCAUUUGUGUGUUACUUACAGCUAACAGCACAGCAGGCUCUGGACACAUACAAGCCACCAUUCAAUAAGAGCCAUCAUGUUUUUAAUCAGCCAUUCUGCCAGAAGGAUGGUCACUCGCAGCAGGGUUGUUUCGUGUACAGUGCAGACUUUUCAGCUUUACCCGCUAACAUGGUCUCAUGGCCUUGUGCUGUAAAGAACAUGGGUUUCAAGCCGCUCAUGUCAUUGUCAAUUAUUCUGGGGAAGAUUUGACUAAACUGUCUGUUUGUUUGGGUAACUUUUGCAUACAGUAUUACAGUUGUUUCCAGGUGGUGGUGCUUCAGAAAACCAGCUUUAACGUGUAGAUGUAACAUUAUCCCUGCUCAUUUCUAAAUGGCCAUAGGUGUAUAUAGCAGAGCUGACAUAUCCAGUGCAAUGUAAACAGUGUCUAUUAUUAAAAAAAAAUAUUUUUGACAUGGACAUAACCAACCUCUAUACUCCUAUACAUUUUUCUCUUUUACCUUUCAGCUAUACGUUUGAAUAAAGGCCUUGCGAAAGGGAGACAGAGAGCCAUAGAAAUAAGAUUUCAAAUCAGGAAAUAGAACCUUGACAAAUAUCAAUGCUUUUCAAGAUUGAUUUAUUGUAAAAAAAAAUAAAUAUAUAAUAAAAAAUAAUAAUAUUUUCUGCAAUUUUGAAUACAUCAACUUGAUCCUCUUUGAUAUGAAUAAUUUUACUCAAUCCUUUUUGUACAUUGAACGAGUCGAGAAAGUAAAUAUUUUUCUGUUUGUUGGUUUGUGUUUGAUAAAAGGUAGACGUGUUGAAUACAUUAGGAAGUGUUAAACAUGUUUGUCUUGUGAAGUAAAUGUAAAUUCUAAAGUCGUUGGGGAAAGUCUACAUGAACGCUCACUGUGUUUUAAAGUUAUAAGGAAACGAGGGCGGGAGGAAUGGAAGGUGACACGGACUGGACAAGGUUUUGCGUUAUAUCAGUGACCAAAGCAGAGGAGAAAAGAAAGAAAAAAAAAUAACAAACAAAAAGAAGUAUUCAAGCAGUUACAUUUUAAGUAGCACUUAUUAUCCAACUUCUAGUACUUCUUAUUUUAUUUGAAAGGUAUAUUUUGUAAAGGCUUUGGAUCCCAUGUAUAUUGCUUUGAGGAUUUACUGGUCACUUUAAAAAACUAAACAAAAAAAAAAAAAAAAAAGGUUGAAUCUCCUUGUGAAAGUAAAUCUACCAGAGCCUGACGGAAUUGCACUACCCUCAUACUGGUUGAUAAAAGUCUAUUUUGUAUAAAAUACAUGCAAAUAUUAUCUUUAAAGAUUAAGGGCAGAUCAUGUUUCACUGGUAUAUAUGGCUAUGGCUUUCAUUGAAGUCUGUUUUGUUCGUAUUUCAGUUAUGUAAAUGUAAUCCAAUGUAAAAACAAAAAAUAUAAAAUGUUUGUUUGAAAAAAAAAAACAAUAGUUUGUAUUACUUCUGUAUUACACCUCUUCUGUAGUCAGUGUCGAUAUUUUCACCUAUUUGAUUAAAUGUUGAAUUAAUUUAUCUGUGUGGUUCUUUGACAUUGGAUUUGGCAUUGUGUUGGUAACAACUUGGAUGAUGGUUUUUUUUUGUCAUCGCUGGUUUAAAGUGGAAAUUCGGAAGAACUGAUUUCUCUUUAGUUCAAACAUCUUACACAAUAAAGUUUCCUGUUUUUCAACGCUCA